AAAAGUAAUUUGAUGCCAUUUCGGAGGACAGGAGUGGGCGAGAAUAAUUGAUCGUUUACAAAAUAAUAAAAGUAUGGGAAAUUAAAUAGCUUAGCGGAAUAUAUCGCUCAAUCAAAACAUAACGGCAGCCGAGUUGAGAUGGAGAGCCGUCGCACAGUAACACGAAGGUCGAGAAAUCAACGCAUCCGACUCAUCCAAUGACAUCGCCACACGCUCGUUUGCCAACCUGUAGCCUAGGUGUGGUGGGCUCGAGGGCGGUCAGUGUUUGGUGUCAUCAAACGAACACUUCCACAUCAUCGCGCUCGGAUUCUUCCACGGAGGCAGAGGGACUGACGCUGGGACGGACAUAGUCGCCCCCAUGCCCCGCUUCCCGGGGAGGACUGCGGACGUGGCCGCUAACCUGACUUCCCCCGUGCUGGGUCGGCCACUGUGCGCUAACGGGACGCCCUGGAUCCUCUACCUGUUUGAGGAAUGCGUGGAGAAUGUGUGGGAAUACUGGAGCGUAGUCAUCGGGCUGAUUUCAAUGUUCUGUUUCUUGCUGUCUACUCUACCGCAAGUCUAUGAGGCUUAUCGUAAUGGUAAAGUGGAGGAGGCCAUGUCGUUUGGCUUUCUGCUCUUCCUCUUCAGUGGGGACCUCAGCAGUCUAAUAGGCUGCGUCCUGACCAGCCAGCUGCCCAUCCAGAUUGUGACAGUAGUGUUCUACAUCUUCACUGAUCUCCUGCUCAUCUCCCAGUUCCUCUACUACAAGAUAAAGAACAACUCAUCUAAAAAGCGCCCCACGUUGAAGUGGUUGUGUUUCCUGUGGUGCGGGGCUUCCACUGUGGCCCUCCUGAUCCUCCCCAAGUUCAUCACUGACAACAACCCCUCUGCCAACACUCAGGGUGCCUCUAACAGCGUGGAGAUCUCUGGUUAUGCCUGUGGAUACCUGGCCUCCAUAUUCUACCUCUCCUCUCGUUUUCCACAGCUCUACAAAAAUUUUAAGCGACAGUCUACAGAGGGCACGUCGUACAUGCUGUUUGCCCUGGCCAUGAUGGGCAACGGGACCUACGGGCUCAGUGUCAUUGUGGUUCUACCAGCUCUGGCCGGCUCCAAACAGGCCUUCAUUCUCAAACAUCUGGCCUGGCUCAUCGGCAGCCUGGGAGUCCUCCUCCUAGACUUCUUUGUCACCGCCCAGUUCAUCAUCUAUAGGAAGAACCACUCCGCCAAAACCAGCAAGAAUAUGAACGUUCCUGAAGUAGAACCUCUGCUCUGUGAAGAGGAGGAACUGUCCACGUUCUAGAGUGAGAACAUUAUGGAAGUUCUAGAGUGAGAACAUUAUGGAAGUUCUAGAGUGAGAACAUUAUGGAAGUUCUAGAGUGAGAACAUUAUGGAAGUUCUAGAGUGAGAACAUUAUGGAAGUUCUAGAGUGAGAACAUUAUGGAAGUUCUAGAGUGAGAACAUUAUGGAAGUUCUAGAGUGAGAACAUUAUGGAAGUUCUAGAGUGAGAACAUUAUGGAAGUU